AUGGAUAGCUGGAGAGUAGCCGUUCUUGGUGAUGGUAGUGUUGGAAAGACCGCUCUGGCUGUCCAGUUCACGCUCAACUGCUUCGUUGCGCUCACAACCCCCGAGACGUAUGAUCCCACGAUAGAAGAUGCGUAUCGCAAACAGCUGGUUGUCGACAACCGGAUGUGCUUUGUUGAGGUGAUCGAUACCGCGGGACAAGAGGAGUACGCGACUCUUCGAGACCAAUGGGUCAGAGAGGGCCAGGGCUUUAUCCUGGUCUAUUCGAUUGCGUCGAGGGCGACGUUUGAUCGGCUCGAUGUGUUCCGGCAGGCGAUGUUGAAAGUCAAGCGACAGAAACCGGUUUUCAUGCUUGUCGGCAACAAGUGCGACAAACAGUACGAGCGGGAGGUCUCGAGAGAGGAGGGCGCGGCGCUGGCGCGGCAGUUUGGCUGCCAGUUCCUAGAGACCUCAGCAAAAACGGCGCACAACGUGGAGCAGCUGUUCAUGAACCUUGUCCGGCUACUUCGCCAGACCAAGCAGCAGGAACAAGGCGUCCCGAACCCCGUCGUACGUGCACCGGAGAGGGAGAACAGGCGACGAAGGUGUAUCGUAUUGUAG